UCCAUCCAUCCAUCCAUCCAUCUAACCUAACUACUCGAUCUCUAUCUGCAUUGCCCAUGUGUGGAAGAAACCCCGACAACCACCACGCCCUCGCCGUGGUGCCGGCGUUGGCCGCCGAGAUGGCACUGGAAAAGGAGGAGGAGGAGUAUGAUGAGGUGGAGGAGCAGGAGGAGGACGACGACCGUCGUCGCUUUGAGGAAGAGUUCCUCAGGUUCAGCAUGAUGGAGGAUCAGGAGGACGACGACGAGGUCCUCGCCGUCUCGCCGCCGCGCCGGCCUCCGGCCUUCGGAGCCAGAGAUACUACAUCAACUGUCCAAUCUGUGACAAUGCUCGAGACCGGCGGCGAUGGCACUAAAGCCAAGCGCCGCCGCGGCGGCGCGAGGCGGCCGGCGAGCAAGCACGGCUUCCGCGGCGUCCACCAGCGCACGUACGAGCGGUGGGCGGCUGAGAUCAGGGACACCGUCAUCAAGGGCAGCCGCUUCUGGAUCGGCACCUUCGACACGGCGGAGGAGGCGGCGAGGGCCUACGACGCGACGGCGCGGAGGAUCUUCGGCCGCAACGCCAAGACCAACUUCCCCGCCGACGACACCUGCCCGGCGCCGCCACCGGCGGCGAAGACGACGACGCCCUGCAGCUCCUCCAAGCGGCCAAAGAAACACAACAUGAUUGGCGGUAGCGCCGCUCCUCGUUGUCGUCGCGGCGGUGACCAUGGCGCCGCGGCGCCACCUCAAGCAGCUGUUGCCGACGGAAGUGUUCAUCUCGCCAGCCAUCCUCCGGCGCCAGCUGCCGUCGAUAUGCUAAGCCUAAGCACCGCGGCGGCGCAGGCUCUGGAAGUCACUGCCGGCUGGGAGUUCGAACCGUUCUUCCAGGAGCUCCUCGUCGGCGUCUCGCCGCUGGAGCACUACCGCGGCAGCGGGAAGGAGCACGUCGCCGGCGGCCUUGAUCUCUGGAGCUUCUGAUCGAGCACUACGGUGCGUACUGCCAUUGUCGAUCGAGAUAGUGGACAGCGAGGCAGAGUUAUUUGCUGCUGUUGAUUAUAUAUCAAGUAAUGAAGCACGCAUCCGUUCAUGCAUGCUAGUUAAAUUAAUUAAUUAAGUACUGGUGUAGUUAUUAAUUAGUAGUGGCUUGUACGCAGAUUAAUUAAGAACCCCUUUAAAUUAAGUAUGUAUUGCUACUUGCUACCAGUAGCUAGGUUAAUUAAUGUACUAAUAAUCAUUAUUCGUGGCUUGAUCCAUUUAUCAUACGAUCG